AUGGCUUCUGUCUAUCUCCUAGACCAACCUUCGGACCGGCCUGGCCAGACGAAGCCAGUGUUCGUAUGUGAGGUCAGGGCCGAGGAUUGUCUUAUUGAGGCACACAAGAUCAGAGUUCGCGACACCAAGAGCGCAAUGACCAGUGCAUGCGACGAUGGACUACGCGAUGGAAAUCUCUUGAGUUGCCUUUCACCUGCGGGUCUUAUCCACAUUCCGCGCCGACACUUUGCGUCGGAUGCGUCGUUUCCUUCUCCUGGUACUUCAGUCUUUGCCGAUUCAGAGUCCACAUUUUGGCUGAACCCUUCGACUUUCGCCUGCUUCUUUGCUUUUCUUCAUGGUACUGGACAACCACUGCUUGCUGCCUUCGGCGGCCACAGAGUGCCAUCCAACAAGAGUUUCCGACACUUCACCCAAGACAGUUCUCGGAGCAGGACGAGAACUGGCCCUCUCCUCGGCCCGCCGCUUUCCACCUGCCUCCUACCCACCACCCAUUUGUAUCUGAUUGUGGAUGAAAGCGUGUACUUCUUGUUCUUUAUCGUAGUUGCGAUAAAGAACAACUGCGAUAAAGAACAAGUACCGCACAGAGCCACAAAGCGAGUACAAUGGGCGGCCGGUGGAAAGCAGCGGGCCGAGACGCUCGCACUAUGCGUGCGUCCGCCCCAAGGCGUUCAGAUCAAGUACAUCCGCCAUGUUGUCAAAGCCGGGUUCGACAAAGCGUUCAACAUGAAAUCCAUCGAGACCCGACUACAUUGGUGGUGGGCGAACGCAUACUCGGCAUGUCGCUGGAUCCUGAGUUCAAUUGCCUUGUUGCUCCCUUGGAUCGUUAUGCUCUCAGAGUCAAGCAAGAUACGUCUUUUAUGGAACACGAGCAAUCUAGUCAAGGUUCUGAGCUACGUUUGUGGGGACCGGCUUGUGCAAGAUGCCCAGCCUGUGCAAGACGGCCGCGAUGAAGAAUCCAACGACUCUCCUACAGUCAGAGGUGACAAUGAGUCGCCUGACGCCUGGAUCGAUAUACCUGAGGGAGACGAGGACUUGUACGGCCAUGGACAGGAUGUGUCUCCACCUCUAGCUCAUGCAGCUCCAGCUCAUGAAGCUUCAGUAGACGCCAACCAUCAUCAAGCAUCAAUGCCUAGCAUCCAAGGGAUGUUCCAAGGCGAUGCCAUGUGGCAACAAGGGUUACGAAGAAUCUUGAGGACCUUGUGUCAAAACUAUCCUCGUGCUAUAUCGUCCGCAAAACAACAGCGAACUACCAUGGAUAGCCACACAGAGAUUGAGUAUACUACUGGUCCAAUGGGCGACUUCGAAACCGUCUCAUACAACGACAGAGAAGAAACCAUCAGUGCCCCCGACAAAUGCGAUGACAGCGAUAGUGCAGUAUGCCGCACGAAGAACCCUGGAUCGGGAAGCUCAGAUAAAUCGUGGAACAUGGUCAACAUGAACAACCAGCUGCAUGACUGGUGGCCAUGGGCCUUCUUCGACUUGGAAUGUUUAGUCAGUUUCGACAAGGCAUGGAACAUGAUCAAAUUGAACAACCAACUUCACUCAUGGUGGGCUAGAGCCGUCUUCGACCUGGAAUGCUUAGGCAGUUCCGAUAAUUACUGGAACAUGGUCUACAUGAAUGACCAGCUUCAUUCAUGGUGGCCACGAGCAUUAUUUGGCCUGAGAUACCUAUGCGUCCGGCCACCUGAGUUACAGAAUCUGGAUGCUGAGACAUCAGAAGAUCAACAAGUUGUGGUACAGAUCUAG